CGGGUGACUACUUCCGGUGCUGUGAGGGCUCCGGGCUGACGCGGGGUAAUUCCUCUCCUGUAAUUACUUUUGGAUGGAAGUAUGCACUUUUCCCAAUAGAAGAUGGUAAUCUCGGAGAAUGACCAUGGAGAAGGGGAUGAGUUCUGGAGAAGGGGGGCCUUCCAGAUCAUCUCAAGUUUCGGCUAUUAAAAUAACAGCCAAAGAGCUGGAAACAAAGCUGUCCCAUAAAGAGAAGCGAGGAGGCUUUGUGUUGGUGCAUGCAGGUGCAGGUUAUCAUUCUGAAUCCAAAGCCAAGGAAUAUAAACAUGUAUGCAAACGAGCUUGUCAGAAGGCAAUUGAAAAGCUACAGGCUGGUGCUCUUGCAACAGAUGCAGUGACUGCAGCUCUGGUGGAACUGGAGGAUUCUCCUUUUACAAAUGCAGGAAUGGGAUCUAAUCUAAAUCUCUUGGGUGAAAUUGAGUGUGAUGCCAGCAUAAUGGAUGGAAAAUCCUUAAAUUUUGGAGCUGUUGGAGCACUUAGUGGAAUCAAGAACCCAGUAUCUGUUGCGAACAGACUCCUGUGUGAAGGGCAGAAGGGCAAGCUCUCGGCCGGCCGAAUUCCUCCCUGCUUUUUAGUUGGAGAAGGAGCCUACAGAUGGGCAGUAGAUCAUGGAAUACCCUCUUGCCCUCCUAACAUCAUGACCACAAGAUUCAGUUUAGCUGCAUUUAAAAGAAACAAGAGGAAACUAGAGCUGGCAGAAAGGGUGGAAACAGAUUUCAUUCAACUAAAGAAAAGAAGACAAUCAAGUGAAAAGGAGAAUGACUCAGGCACUUUGGACACAGUGGGUGCUGUGGUUGUGGACCACGAAGGGAAUGUUGCUGCUGCUGUCUCCAGUGGAGGCUUGGCCUUGAAACAUCCGGGGAGAGUUGGACAGGCUGCUCUUUAUGGAUGUGGCUGCUGGGCUGAAAAUACUGGAGCUCAUAAUCCCUAUUCCACAGCUGUGAGUACCUCAGGAUGUGGGGAGCAUCUUGUGCGCACCAUACUGGCUAGAGAAUGUUCACAUGCUUUACAAGCUGAAGAUGCUCACCAAGCUCUGUUGGAGACUAUGCAAAACAAGUUUAUCAGUUCACCUUUCCUGGCCAGUGAAGAUGGAGUGCUUGGAGGAGUCAUUGUUCUCCGAUCCUGCAGAUGUUCUGCAGAGCCUGACUCCUCCCAAAAUAAGCAGACACUUCUAGUGGAAUUUCUGUGGAGCCACACGACGGAGAGCAUGUGUGUUGGGUAUAUGUCAGCCCAGGAUGGGAAAGCCAAGACUCACAUUUCAAGACUCCCUCCCGGUGCGGUGGCAGGACAGUCCGUGGCAAUCGAAGGUGGGGUUUGCCGCCUGGAGAGCCCAGUGAACUGACCCUUCAGGCUGAGCGUGAAGCGUCUGAGAGGCAUUCCAGAACCUGAGCUUUUGGGGUUUUUAACUGAAGUUGGAUGUUUUAUCUUCCUCAUUUUAUAAUUCCUAUUGCAGCCUCGUGCACUGCUCACGACACUAGUGCUGCUGUAGUUAGUGCUUAGUGACACGCGGGCCUUUGGCGGGUGAGCGGGACUGAGUGAGUGUGUGUGUGUUUGUGUGUGUAUUUGUGUGUGCAGCGCGUGUGCUUGCUUCUCCCAUGAUGAAACAGAAACUCCUCCUUAUCAUGUAACCUAAGACCAGGAAUGAUUAAAUCAUCUUUGCAAAAUGUGUGCUUUAACUGUUUACAAGUGAAGCCUGAACAUUGCAGGAAAUAUUUUUGAUUUCAUAAAGAGGUACCAACUGUCGUUGAUGUAAUGUGUGUGAACUGAAGAGUAAAUCUACUUGUUUAAAUGAUUUGACAGUGGUAGUGCUCCAUUUAAUAACAGUAAUAAGUAAUAAAGUGUUUUUAUUUGUUAACCAGUUUAAGUGGAUCCUGUGGUAACUUAAACUGUUGUUCUCAUCCCGCAUAUGGGGCAUUUUUCUUUAACAAAGAAUGGUUUCAGUGAAACAAUCUAGCAGAGAAUUAAGGUCAGAACCUUUUUAAAUAAUAAUCUUAUUGAUAAAGUUUGUACUUCUUUCCUCAAGCUUUUCUAAGCUUAAGUACUGCAUAGCUUGGAGCUGUAUGUACUAUAUUAUGAAAGAAUAUGUAAAGAGAACAUACAGUAAUGCACAGUCCUUAAUUUGUGUAUAAUGGAAUGUUAUUUACAAUGUAACACUGUAAAUAAGAAAGCAAAAUUUAUGGGAAAAUUCAAUAUUAUCUUUGUUUCUUGUUUAAAUAUAUUUUUAAGAUAAAGGCACAAAACUAAAAGAAGCAUAUUACUGGGUAUAGUAUAUGACUCCUCUUCUCAGACUAAUAAAUUAUCUUUUGAGUCCUAGAUU